ACUCUAGAAAUUGGAAUGAACAUCGGAAAACUUGGAAACAUUAGUGGAAAGCAUUCAAAGACCUUGCAUAAAUGUAUGCAGCUUGGACUAUCUUGCAUUACUAAAAAAUCCACACCAGUACAAACAAGACUGUUCUUCGAUAGUUUCAUCCAGCGACUAGAUGCUGGUUAUAACACGUUUGAUAUUGAUCGAUAUAAGUUAGUUGGUCCAGAUAGAAAUUGUGCUGAAUGGUUGAUGAAAUGUGGUGCUACGAUCAAGUUUGAAGGUCAUAAUAAUCACAUUUUAGAGUAUAAUGCUUUGCCAUCAUCAAAUUUUGAUAAAUAUAAAAUAGAAGAAAUUGACUUAACAGACUCAACUGUUAUGUUAAAAGGAUUUCCACAUUUACAUAACUGUAAACAUGUAAAGAAAAUUGUAAUACACAAUUGUAAAUAUUUGUGUGACAGUUGUAUAGCAUAUUUACCUGAACUUAAGAGUACUUUGGAACACCUACAGAUCAGUAGCUGCAGAUAUAUCACAUCUGAAGGGUUGAUACCCAUCACAGAACUUGUGAACCUGAAAAAAUUGAUAAUAUAUGACCUGCCUCAUUUAGAAGAAAAGCAUAAGAAACCAUUACUGGAUUUGUUAAAGGAUGCUCUACCUAAAUGUGACACAGAAUUAUUCAAACAAUAAGAAAUGAAAUGUAUCUGAUAAUUAUAUACAUGUUUAUAUAAUUGUUAUGAUAAUUAAGGUUCCAUAUAAGAUAUGCAGAUAUCCUAUAGCCAAUCUGGCUGGGUGCAGGUCGUUUCGUAACCUGGUCGUUUCGUACCUAGUCGAUUCGUAACUAACGAUGUUGUUUUGUAACUGAGAGUUUUGUAACCUUAUAACAAUAUAUCAUGAUAUGAGUUGUAGGUUAUGGAAAAAAUGUUGAAUAAAUAUUUCUAUUAAAAAUAUAAAAAGACUUAUUGAUAUAUAUAACAUUAACAAAGGACAACAUAAUGAUGAAUCUCAAAGAAAGAAAAAAAAAAUGAGUAAGUUAAUGUUCUAAAGGAAGACGAUUUACAAAAAAAAGAAAGAAAAAAAAACUUGAAAUGUGCCAACACCGGUACCAAGCCCGGGUGAAAAAGGAGGACGGUUAUGCAAUUGCAUGUCAAAGUGAAGAAAAAAAAGUAGAAAAUAAUUAUUUUUUUCAGGUCAUGUGCCAUUUUUAAUCCUCUACUUAAUCCCUUGACCCCUUAUUACUUAUAAUCACCUGUCAAUAGCUGUCAUAAAACCAUUAAGGUUCAACACCAGGCAUAUUCACCAAUUAGCCAAGAAUUAAAUAAUUUAAAACAGUUUUAAAUUAUUACAAUAUUGUUAUUAUUUGAUGCAUACUUUGAUCAUUUUUCAAUAAAAAAAAUAUAUUAAGUAUGCAGAACUGUGAUAAAUAAAUAACUUUUAGUUUAAUUAAAUUAUUUCCUGUAUUAUAUGAAAAAAAAAACACUAAGAGAUCUACACUUCCAGAGACAAUACUAGUGAAUUAAUUUAUAUAUAUUGCCUUUAACUGUUGAAUUAAGACAAAACUAAUAGAGACACACUUUAAAACCAUAUAUAAUUACACCAGGUAUGAAACGUCUCAGUUACUAAUCGACCUAGUUAUGAAACGACCAGGUUACGAAACGACUAGCAUUCAUCUGGCUCUAUGUCACCAAUCUGGAUGUUUAGAUGGGACAGAACUCUGAAUUAAACGUAUACAAUCAAACCAUACAUGUGAAUACGAUUUGCUUAAGGAAUAAAACACCAUCUUAAACGUCAACCAUUGACUUUUCACAUGUAAUUUCCCCUUAACAAAAAAAAUUAAUUAGUUCUGAAGUGAAGCCAAUAAAUUCUAUUUUAGUCACUAAAGUACACUUAUAUAGUUCCUAUGUAAAGCAACCAUUUAUAAAACAUUUUCAUUUUGAUUUAAAGCAAAGGGGUAAAAUAUCAUUUUUAAACAGUAUCUUAUGCUUGUGGAAGUAAUUGAUUAAAAUUCAUCACAGGCUAUGUAUCAAUAUUCAAGUUGAUUUCCAACCCCCCAUUAUUUUCAAAUUUAUACUAAGGGAGAGGACUUAAUCUUAAGUUAUGUAAAAUUAACUGUUAACUUGAUUUUACUUCAUUUAAAUAACAAAACUCUGUUAUGAUAAGAUCUACAAAAAUAACAGCCUUUUUAGAGCUAUUUUCCUAAUGCUUGUAGUCUAUAGGUUUGGUUGGCUUGCUUGCUUUGUUUGUAUUAAUGUUUGCUCAAGCAUUGUAAUUAAGAUUGACAUCUGCAAUCAAUAGAUAGUAAGGCUUCAGCUUGUACUUAAAUGUUAUUGGAUGUUAAGUAUAAUACAGAGUAUAAUGUAUACAAGCUGAAGCCCUGCCUGUCUAUUGAUUGCAGAUGUC